CUGUGUAAGAACCAAAGGCCAGCUCUAUUUCCAUCUGGAGUCAUGAUCCAAGCGUCUACAGAGCGAGAUACCCAUCCGUAAUGCAGUCGUGACUCCUCGUUCCUCCAUCCAUGCUGUAAGAUUAGGGCAUAAUCCCGGAUCCCCGGUUCGCUGUCCGAGGAGAAAAGCAUUUCAAAUUGGUAUAUUUCAAGGCCUCGCGCCGCAUGCCAAACAGGAACCCACGACUUCCAGCAAAUAUGGCUCUACCAACGCUGCCGGUGCUCGCGGUGCUUAUAGGAGCCAGCUACAUCCUUGUCCAGCUGGUCUACAACCUCUAUUUCCACCCGCUACGCGACUAUCCAGGUCCACUGCUAUGGAGGGCCAGUUCCCUGCCAUGGAAGUUCACUCUAUUGCGUGGUACAAUGCAUCACGACCUAAUGCGCUUCCAUCAGAAAUAUGGCGACACCGUCCGCAUCAAGCCCGAUGAGAUCAGUUUUGCUAACGCCCAAGCCUGGCGUGAUAUUCACGCCCAUGUCCCCGGACGCCCUGAAUUCCUCAAAGACCCCGUUCGCCUACCUCUUGCCCCCAACGGGGUGAUGAGUAUUCUCGUGUCUGACACUCGCAAUCACGCCAGAUUCCGUAGUCUAUUCGGUCACGCCUUCAGCGACAAGGGCUUGCGGGCCCAGGAACCGACCAUUGUGCAAUAUGCGGACCUGCUGGUGGAGGUGCUUCGGGAGGUCGCUGAUACGGGAAAAUCGGUUGAGAUGGUGCACUAUUUCAACAUGGCCAUCUUCGACUCCAUUGGCGCGCUUUCGUUCGGAGAGUCCUUUGACAGCUUGAAAAAUCGCCAACUACACCCCUGGGUAGACGCAAUCCACAAGAACCUCAAGAGUGUGGCCAUCUCGCAUGUCUUGCGCAGUAUGGGUAUUGAAUUUCUCACCCCGUAUGUACUGCCAAAGGAGCUCCGAGGUAAACGCCAGGAGAAUUACACGUACGCAAUUGAGAAACUCAAGAGGCGCAUGCAGAUGACAGGCGACCAAGGCGACUUCUGGGACCGUGUGAUUGUCAAAAGUGCCGACGGUAACCAGAGCGGGGAUGGCAUGAGUCCCGGCGAGAUGCUCAACAAUGCCGCCGUCAUGGUCGUCGCUGGGUCCGAAACGACAUCCUCAGCUCUCUGCGGUACCACGUAUCUGCUCUGUCAGUCUGGCAAGAUGGAGAAGGCCGUCGCCGAGAUCCGCAACGCCUUCCCGACUCCCGAUAAAAUCGACCUGGUGACUGUGUCUCAUCUGCCAUAUCUCACGGCCGUAAUCGAUGAGACUCUCCGCAUGUAUCCUGCUGUACCUGGUCAGCCCCCUCGCGUGGUGCCCGCCGGGGGAGCGACGGUGUGCGGUAAAUUUCUUCCCGCUGAGACCCGAGUAGGCGUCAGCCAUCUAGGUGCCUACUAUGCAGAUUACAACUUUACCCGCCCUGAGAAGUUUAUCCCCGAGCGACAUCUCCAGAAGAUGGAGGAACCAUUCAAGCACGAUAAUUACGGUGCUUACCAGCCUUGGUCUGUCGGAGUGCGAAACUGCAUCGGUCGUAAUCUAGCUUACGCCGAGGUUCGUUUAACAUUGGCCAAGCUCCUGUGGCAUUUUGAUAUUACCCUAGAUGAGGCCAAAACCGGAAACUUUCUUGACCAGAAGAUUUGGUCCAUUUGGGCGAAGCGGGAGCUUUAUAUGUCUUUCAAGGCUCGAAAGGUUUAAUCAUGAACAUGUUUGGUUUUGCCUACUGUUGAGAUACUAGUAGUUCUCUUUCCAUCAUGACGUUAGUGCUGAGCUACAUGCGAGUAAUACGAAGCCUUUCCAAUCCAAGGCUGUCUUAAACGAAAUGCAGAGAGAUGGUGUCAUUGACAAUCCAGGCUGUUAGUCCUCCAUAAGAAAAGUGAGGAGCAAAUACAGACGUAACCAAAGGAGUCAAAGGCUUCAAAUCAAAGACAAGAAAAGGUGUGCAGUACGCCAU